AUGGGCCCAUUAUGCUCGACAAGAAAUGAAUUUAUUAGCAGUACACCUAGAAAUAUAGGAGCAGUAGAAUCGCUAGACUGGUGUGGACCGCACUGGAUGACAAAUCUUGAAGGGGGGUCAUCCAACCCCAGAGUCAGGAACCCAGAGUGCCACCAUAAUCAAUUAGGUCUGCAGAGCAUCUGGGAUCCUUUUAAUAAAACUAAAAGUUGGCCUUAUCAAGAUUCGGCGUUAUUUACAAACACGAUAAUUAAUGAGGUAGAGCAGAUCAACUACCACCUGCAAUCAACUUCCCAAAAGAAACAGUGCAUCAUCGUGGAAAACAAGAAAUUGCUUUACGCGGUCAUCGCGAUUCAGGACCACUUUCCACCGAAGAACCAGAUGAGAACGAUAGAAAUUUCAUAG